GACCUGCCAUAACAAAAUUCAGGAAAACAAUUGUCAGUCGCGGGAGCACAGAAAGCUUUGUUUUUGAGAGCUACUUUUCUACUGUUCACUAAUUGUCUGCAGCUUUGCUGUAUUGCAUGAUCUGAGUCAGAGCUUGGAAAGCCGUUUUGCUUUAAUAUUCGCCACCUCAAGUGCUGUCACACGUAAAUUUCGAAGUGAAAAUGGCUGUGCAAGCACAAUUCCAAAAUGGCGAUAUGGCGCCCGUGCAAAAGAAUGGGCCGAUUGAAGAAGACGUGGAGUUUGAUGAAGAAGUUGACAACUCGGAACAAGCGAUGAAAAAUGCAAGGAAAGUUAAACGCGUUCAUCGCUCUAGCUCUGGGUCGGAGUCAUCGAAUUCUAAUCAUGCAACAGAGAAAAAUAUGUCGGGUCCCCUUGCAAUAAGAAAGAAUAGUCGCAAGUCUCGGGACGGGAAGGGUCGCGGCUUGCCAAAGAAAGGAGGGGCAGGGGGCAAAGGCACUUGGGGAGCCCCAGGAGACGAGCUGUUUGAGGAUGGGCAUUGUAGAGACGUGAAGGAUCCAAAUUAUGACUCAGAAAGUGAGGAUGAAUAUGUUGUUGAUAUGAUAAAACCUAAAAUCUCAAUAGAAGAAUUAAACAAGAUCUUAGAACCUGUUUUACUGGAAUAUUAUGACAAUGGAAACACGGAAGAAGUGAUUAGAACAAUCAAUGAGAUGGAUGUGAAUGCCGAGAAGUCCCAGAUUCUGGAGAUUGCUUUAAGUAAAGCUCUGGAUCACAAGGCAGCUCACAGAGAGAUGACGUCGGUUCUGAUCUCAGAUUUAUAUGGCAAAAUUUUGUCUUCCAACGACGUGAGUACGGGAUUCGAUGCAAUCCUUAAUAACUUGGCGGAGCUGACCAUUGAUACCCCAGAGGCACCCGCUGUGAUUGGUCAGUUUAUUGCCAGAGCAAUAGCCGAUGACUGUAUUGCUCCUAAGUUUGUGAUGACGUACAAAGGCAAUGUAGACGACGAACACAAACAGGCAGCAUUAGACAAAGCUGAGCUUCUCCUCAGUAGAAAGCACGGCAUCGUCCGAUUGGACAAUAUCUGGGGCACUGGAGGGGGAAUUAGACCUGUUAAAUACCUUGUCAAACAAAUGGUACUGCUAUUGAAGGAAUACCUGUCUUCAGGUGAUAUUGCAGAGGCCACCAGGUGUUUGCAAGAAUUAGAAGUCCCACAUUUUCACCAUGAAUUAGUUUAUGAGGCCACAGUGAUGGUUAUAGAGGAUUCCUCAGACCGGGCAGCUCACAGAAUGUGUGACUUAUUGAAAUCUCUCAGUGAUUCUGUGAUAAUUACUCCAGAACAAAUGUCUCAGGGAUUUAGACGAGUGUAUGAUGCCUUACCAGACAUAGUGUUAGAUGUUCCUUCUGCGUACACGCUUCUGGAGCGGUUUGCUGAAAUGUGUCACAGAGAGGGGGUUAUUACUACCGCCCUCCUCAGGGAGUUACCUCAAAGAGGGAGAAAGAGAUUUGUGUCGGAGGGGGAUGGUGGAAGAAUUAAAGAAGUCUCUGUUUAGCUCUUCAUUCCAUAUCAAAAGUAUCCAUGACCUUGCAUCCUUCAUUUGCAAGUGCCAAGGGACACAACCAAUACAGAACAGAAGUGAAAGGACAAGAUGUUGUCAAAAUUUGUAAAUAGUUAUUUCGUAAAACCUUUGAUUGGGUUCUUUGGCAGCAUUUGGAUCUACAUGUGUAUCAGUAUUCUUUCAAAACCAUUUUCUAAAAGGGUGAUGGACUUAUUCUUAUUUUAUGGGAAAAUCAAAGUAAAAAAGCUGAAUUGUUGUUAAAAAAGAAAAGCAAAGAAUUUGUAGUUGUCCAAUUUUAGCCUUUGGCUAUGGCAAAUGUUGGAGCUGGAUUUAUUUCACAAAUAGGUUUUUGAUUUUCAUUUAGGAAAAAAGUUGUGUAUCAUUUUGCUAUAUGUGUAAUUCAGUUCACUUAACAUUAAACUUGAGUACCUUUAGUACGACAAUGGUGACAUUUUUGAGCUUAAACUACAAUAAUUUUAAUAUUAUUUUUGUGUAUAUACAUGUGAAUAUUAAAUGUUCAUAAGAUGUUUUGAAUUUUUUUAAGUGCUAAUUUAGAUGUGAUAUUGAAAAAUUCUUGUAAGCAUGAAUUAUAUGGGCAUUUACUAAUUGAUUUGUGUCAAAGUUGCAUCACUAGUAGAAUUUCCUUACAGUAAUGUUACAAACAAUGUGGAUAUUAUUUUUUUUUUUUAAAAAUACCUUAAGAGUAAUAUUAAAUCUCUGAGACUGUAAAAAAAAAUUGCAUGCAGUAAAAUUAGUAUACUUGGAUUUUUUGAAAAUGGUUUGAACAGAAAUACAGGAUAUUUAGAAUUUCCUUUAUACAUUGUCAUAUCGCAGGAUAUGUGUUAAAAAGGAUGUAAUAUGAAGACAGGAUAAAUCUUGAUGCUAAUCUCCCUUUAGUGUAGGGAUUUUGUAGUUGGAAUAGCCAAGCAGAAAUUUUCUUUUAAAAAAUUGUCAAACUUUGCUCCCUCUGCUGUUGCUGAUUUAGUGGCCAUUAGAAUCACUGUACUUAAUUCCUUGUCAGGUUUAACUUCUACAUUUAAAAAUUGGUGGGAUCAUACCAUGUACUUUGGAAAAUUAAGUACAUCAUAUUGCCAUCUCUCACUGACUCAGCCUUUAAUUCUAGUCACAAUCAUCUGCUUUUCUAAUUUCUUCUUUAGUUUGCCAUUUUUUUUAUAUAGAUCUACAGGGCACAGAAAAGGUUAGUGUAUCAGGAUUUGUUUUGAAUUUUAUUCUUGCAUUGGUGUGUGAUUUUUAUGAACAUUUCCAUUGUAUUGAAUAAUUUAGAUUCAUGACCAGAUAUUUUCAUACUGACAUUAGAAUCUUUCCAGCUGAACAAAGUUCUUUGGUGAAGCACAAGAUUGAAAUUUUUUAUUUAUUUAUAUUUCUUUCGACAUUGUAAAUGAGAAAAAAACUAUUUUGGGGUAUUUUAGUACUUUAAGGAAAAUAUUUAUUGAGGCUAUUUAAAUAAAUUGUGAUUAAAAUUUGUAUUUCUUAUGCUGUUAAGUGAUAUCUUUUUACAGAAUUGUUGUGAGUCUCUUUACAUUCUGGAAGGCUUGUAGUAUUUUUUCGUACAUUGUCAAGAUUAAAAGAAACCACUCCUUUAAAUAAUUUAGAGUUUGAAGUAACAGCUUAUUUAAAAUAUACAGUAAUUGAAUACCUGUUUAACUUUAAUAUAAAGCCUGUAAUCAUAAAAAUUAGUGGUAUGUUCUACAAGAGUUUGGUGCAACUGUGAAAUUUGUUACACUGUUAAAACAUCUGCACUAAGUGUCAGACAAUAAAAAAAAAGUAAAAAUUUA